UUAGUUUGAACAAAAUGGCUGCGAGACCACUGUCAACGAGAGCUCACUGAACGCCUACCAUGACUGUCCGCUCCGCUGUCGGGAUCCACACAGAAUGUAUUUCCCUGGAGUCGUUUCUCACUUUGCAUUCGCGGUAGCCAGCCCGUCGCUAGUCGUCCAGCUGGCGACCUAAACAAAAACAUUUCUUUUGCACUUUAAAACAAGUUGGCUGGCUGGCUGGCUGGCUGACGGCCGUCGGCUUGCUGUAAUACGCGAGAACUCAUCGGCGAUUUUUAACGAAAGCUGCCUGAUUUCUCUGGUUUGCAAAACCUUGCAACGGUUGACGACUUACAACGCCAACCAGCUAACGUUAGGUUACACAAUUUAGCUGCUUUUAAAAGUCAUUUUAUCCGUGUUCGUUUUUUGUUUUUGUUGUUAGUGGUGCUCCGUUCCCCUCCCCGCCCCCCUUUAUAUCGUGACGUUUAAACAAACUGUUUUUUGCGAGUGUAAUAUCACAGCAUUUUUAUUAUUUUUCUUUUAGCUCGAAGCAUACAUUACCGUACUUGCUGUGUGUAACGUUAUAUCUGGCUGAGUAGCCGUUGUUUACCUCGGUAUCUUGUCACCAAGCUGCUCCAGCAGCAGUCGGCUUAUCUGCAAAGUCUGACUUAAAUUGCGACUGAGUCUCUGCUCCAUCUCUUUACGGGUAACUUUAGAAAAGACGUCGGAGAAUGCUUUUCUGCAUCUUUUUUCUGCCAUGCACCGACUCUUCAUUGAAAGCUGCCAAAGCUGUGGUUAACGUAAGCUGAGAGAAGCUAGCAACAGAAGAAAGAGAACCAUUUGAUGGAAGAAAAGAAAAAGAAAAAACAAGAAGAAAAGACCAAGAAGGACGUUGCUCAGAAAAAGGCUGCUGAUCAGAAACCCAAAGUGCCAGAGCCUGCUCCCACUAAGCCCAGUCCCGGCCCACCCCACCACCUCCACCCCGCCAGCCCCACGCUGCCCCUCUCCUCCUCCUCCUCCUCUUCUUCUGGCAAUGGCAAGCGCGCCUCCUCCAGUAGCCAGCUCCCGACUCAGACUCCCCCUCAGCAGCAGUGCCAGUUGUCCUCUGCCAGUGCUCGCUACCCGCCCAGAGAGGUGCCCCCGCGCUUCCGCCAGCAGGAGCACAAGCAGCUACUGAAGAGAGGCCAGCCAUUGCCUGCAGGAGCCCUCAGCGCUCUCACCCUCUCCUCCUCCUCUUCCUCCUCCUCAUCUUACUCUUCUUCUUCUACGAGUACCAGCAGCACUACCCCAAACUCUGCCACGUCCGCUGCGGGCAAACGCCACCCAGACAUAUCCCUCCAGAGUGGCCCUGGUGCCCAGUAUGAGACCUCUCAUUGGGGAGCCUCUUUGCCAGUUGACAGCUUCUCCAGUGCCAACAGUUGGGACAAAGUGAUUAUUGACGGAAGUGACACAGAAGCUUGGCCCUCCAUCAGCCGCAGUAGUGACAACAGCCACCCUGCAGCACCAGAAUGCCCCUUGGGCUCAGCUAGCUUUAACCAGGACACCAGUGCUAUCACUACCACCAGUAGUUGUAGUUUUCUGAGUAUGGCCACAGGUGCCGCAGGCCAGCAGGCCCACUACCCCUCUCUUAAAGCUAACAAUAACAUGAUGACAGGACCUGGGUCAGCCAACACACUAGCUGGUAAUAGAGGUUGGGGCUUGGAUGGGAAACAAGAUGGUAUCAAUGGUGGCCGAGUUGGAGCGCCCAAUAACUGGGGCUCUCCCAAUUUUAACUUGAACCUCAAUCCCAAUGCCAACCCAUCAGCCUGGCCUGUUCUGGGCCAUGAAGGUGGUGGAGGUGGUGGUAUUGGUCCCAAUGGGAUGUCCAACUCCUCAUCUCUCCCACCAGGUAUUAAUGGCAAUGGGAACAUGGGAAAUGGGAGCCUAGGAGGUGCGGAUAAUGGUGCGGGAGGUUGGGUUGGCAUGAUAAGUGCUAACGAAAAUGAUCAACAACACCCUUCAACCAACACAAGCUUGUCCUUCAAUAUGGAACCUGCUAACCUUAACACUGAUGGACCAAACCACACUAAGCAACAGCAACAAGCUCAGGAGCCUAUGAGCCCUAUCCAUGGGUUAACUGGCUGGGGAGGCCAAUCACCCACUGAAUCAUCCCAGCUCAAUGGGGAUACAACAGGCAGCUCUGUAUGGGGUGGUGGAGAAACAAAGGCAGCUGACUCCCCCAAGGACUCAGGCUGGGACUCAACUCCUUCUGGAGGCCUUUCUGCCUGGGGCCGACAAGGCAGUGGUGGAGGGAGUAGUGGAAGUGGUGGCUGGGGUGACUGGGGAAAAUCUUCUGGGGGUGGAGAUGGAUCUAAAGGCUGGGACUCAGUAGAUGCUGGUAGUUCAGGUUCAGGCCAAGAGCAGCAACUUAGUUCAUGGGGCCAGCAGCCUGGAACAGCCCCAGCAAGUGAUGGUAGUGGGGACAGCAGUGAAGGUCGAUCCCACAGAGACAGGUCUUCCAGCAUGGAAUUCGCCCCUCUGCUACCCCGGCAGGACCUGGACCCUAGGGUGCUGAGCAACUCGGGUUGGGGACAGACCCCCAUCCGACAGCACACUGUAUGGGAGAUGGAAGAAGCCAACUCUGAUGAUGGGAAGAGCAACAGCAGCUCAGACACCAUAGGAGGCUCCAGUUCCAAUGGUGGACCCUCAUCCACUAAUGGAGGUACCAUCAACCCUAGCAUUGGCUCCAGUCAGAGGUCUGCAUCUGGAGGAAAGGGUGACAGUGAAGGAUCAUCACCCUCUGGCUGGGGACCCCCUCCACCUCAGCCAAUCCAAACUGGAUCAGGAUGGGGAGAACCCCAACAGUCACUCAGCAAAGCCCCAAAUGGUACUACCAGUGGCUGGGGAGAGCCUUUGCCUACCAAUGGUCCUAAGAAUGGGGGCACACCAUCUUGGGGUUCUGAGGACAAGUCACCCAGUUGGGAUGAUGGCCUAACAAAAAAACAGCCUAAUAACUGGGGAGAAGGCCCCAAAAGCUCCCAUGGUUGGGGUAACAGUAAUGGGGGCUCCAAUGGAUCCAACACAGGGGAAUGGGGAGAAGCAGAGGUCAAGAACAAUGGGUCCUCCAGCAGCAUGUGGGAAGGAGAAGGAGGAAAUGCAGGAAAUGGUGGAUGGAAGGAAAGCCCUAGAGGAGGAACUAGAGGAGGAGGCUGGGGUAAGCCUGCUCCUGCUGUGACUAAUAGCAGCUGGGGGGAUAACUCACGUGGCAAUGGCCCAGUGCAGGGAGGCUGGGGCUCUUCCAAGCCCCAGGAAAGCAGCAGCAGCAGCACUGGCAGUGGAGGAGGUGGUGGCAUUGGUUCUUGGGGUGGUCCUGGUUCUGUGAAACAAAACCCCUCUGGCUGGGGCAAUGUCAGCAAACAGGACCAGGGCAUGGAGCCCACUGGCUGGGAAGAACCCUCCCCUCCCUCUAUCCGCAGGAAGAUGGAGAUUGACGAUGGAACAUCCACCUGGGGUGAUCCCAACACCUACAACAAGACUGUCAACAUGUGGGAUCGCAACAAUCCCAAUAAUAACCCAGGCAACAGCGGCCCACCUCCUAGUAAAAAUGGUGGAAUGAUUAUGCCCAAUAAUAACAACAAUCACUCUGUCGGCCCUGGGAACAACAAUCACCAUCACAGUCACCACAUGCACCACCAUCCCCAUCAUGGCCAGCCCCCAACUCACCUGCAACACCAUGGAAACAACAAUGGGUCACCCAACAAUGCCGCCUCACAUCCAGGUGCUGGUCCCCAGGGUAGAUCCCCCCUCGCCAACCCAGGUUGGGGAGAGCUUCCCAGUGUUCAGCCCAAGUCAGAGCCUGCUUGGGGAGAGCCAGCUGCUCCAACAUCAACUGUGGACAAUGGCACCUCUGCAUGGGGCAAGCCACCAGGGGGAGUGGGAGGGUGGGGAGACAGCAGCCACGAGCCCUCUGGACCCUAUGGCAGGGCCAACGGACCCCCAGGUUCUGCACCCUGCAAACCAGGCCCCAAACCUAUGCAAGAUGGCUGGGGAAAUGGAGGAGAGGAGAUAGGCAUGUCUACUGGCCAAUGGGACACUGAGGAUGGGGACAUGUGGAACAGCCCCACCUCCCAGGAGAGCAGUUCUUCGUGCAACUCCUGGGGAAAUGGACCCAAGAAAAUCCCAAGCAAGGGGAAAAUGGGCAACAAGCCAGAUGAGGCCUGGAUCAUGAACCGUCUCAUCAAACAGCUCACUGACAUGGGCUUUCCGAGAGACCCUGCUGAGGAGGCUUUGAAAAGCAACAACAUGAACCUUGACCAGGCCAUGAGCGCCCUGUUGGAGAAGAAGACGGACCUGGACAAGCGGGGCAUGGGCAUGUCUGAUUACAGCAACGGCAUGAACAAGCCCCUGGUGUGUCGGCCCUCUGCACUCUCCAAAGAUCCCUCUGACCGCAACAACUUUCUUGACAAGGAUGGUGUUCUGUCAGAUGACACCCCCCCAUCACCGUUUCUGCCUUCCCCCAGCCUGAAGCUCCCCCUGGCCAACAGUAGCCUUCCUGGGCAGGGUCUGGGACAGGGCAACCCGGGGCUGGCCAUGCAAAACUUGAACAACAGACAGAUACCCAGUGGAAUGUUUGGCAGUAGUGGAGCAGCACAAACCCGGGCCAUGCAGCAGCAGCCUCCUCAGCCACCUGUGCCACCUCUCAGCUCCUCCCAGCCUAGUCUACGUGCUCAAGUGCCUCAGUUUCUCUCCCCUCAGGUCCAAGCACAGCUCUUGCAGUUUGCAGCAAAAAACAUAGGUCUGAACCCUGCACUUUUAACCUCACCAAUAAACCCUCAACAAAUGACCCUGUUGUACCAACUUCAGCAACUGCAAAUGGCGUACCAGCGUUUACAAAUCCAGCAGCAGAUGAUGCAGGCGCAGCGCAAUGUUUCCGGACCCAUUAGACAACAAGAGCAGCAAGUUGCACGUACAAUCACCAACAUGCAGCAGCAGAUCCAGCAGCACCAGCGUCAGCUGUACCAGGCGCUGCUGAUGAAGCAGCAGCAACUUCCCUCUCAUUCCUCCUCCUCUUCCUCCUCCACUGGUUUGCAUCCCCCUGGUGGCCUCGCCGGAGGCCCUGGCUCCGGCAAAUCAACCCUGGACCCUUUCACAGGCCCACACCAGGCUCCGGGCCUUGCCGACACACUGCACACCAAAGAGCCGCCAUCUUCGCCCAACGCCUACAGCACCUACCCUCUCUCUGGACUGAAUCCAAACAUGAAUGUAAACUGCAUGGAGGUUGGGGGUCUGUCCCUGAAGGAACCCCCUCAGCCCCAAUCCCGCCUGUCCCAGUGGACACACUCCAACUCCAUGGACUCUGGCAACUCCUCAAACAUGGAGAACAACCUCAAUAAGCAUGGUGCCAUAUCUGCUGCCUCUACCCUGGGCCCCCCUGGCAAGCCCCCCCAACUGGAGGACUCAUACAGCCCUUACAAUCUUAUAUCCAGCUCUGAGUCCCCCACCAGCCCCUUGGUGCCCCCAGACAGCUGGGGCCAGGGCAAGAGCCCCAGUGAAAAGAUCUCUAAUGGGACCAACAUUAACUGGCCCCCAGAGUUCUGCCCAGGUGUGCCAUGGAAGGGCCUUCAGAACAUCGACCCUGAGAAUGACCCCAACAUGACCCCUGGCAGCGUUCCCAGCGGUCCCACCAUCAACACCAACAUCCACGAUGUCAAUCGAUACCUGCUGCGGGACAGAAAUGGAGGUAAACUGUCUGACAUGAAGUCCACCUGGUCCCAAGGGCCCAUCUCCCAGAGCCAAGGCUCUCUGUCCCAUGAGCUGUGGAAAGUCCCCCAGGGACCUCGCAACUCUGUGGCGCCUUCUCGGCCCCCACCAGGCCUCACCAACACCAAGCCCUCCUCCACAUGGGGCGGUAACUCACUGGGUCUGGCCCAAGGCUGGAGCGGCUCCUACUCCUCUGAGGGAGCCACCUGGAGUACUGAAAGCUCCACCAGGACCAGCAGCUGGCUGGUGCUGAGGAAUCUCACCCCACAAAUUGAUGGUUCAACUCUGCGGACCCUGUGCAUGCAGCAUGGCCCCCUGAUCACAUUCCACCUCAACCUGACCCAGGGUAACGCCGUGGUGCGCUACAGCUCCAAGGACGAGGCCGCCAAGGCCCAGAAGUCUCUGCACAUGUGUGUGCUUGGAAACACCACCAUCCUGGCAGAGUUUGCCGGCGAGGAGGAGGUGAACCGCUUCUUUGCACAAGGUCAGUCGCUAGGGGCAAACACCACUAGCUGGCAGGCCAACCCCGGAACCAAUCAAAACCGGAUGGGCGGGGCAGCGCAGUCCCACUCAAUUGGCCAGUGGAGCAACAGCGGCGGUGGAGGCAAGGCAAGCGGAGGCGACCUGCUGUGGGGCGGGGUGCCCCAGUACUCUAGCCUGUGGGGACCGCCGGGCGGAGAGGAUGCCCGUGUGAUCGGAAGCCCCACCCCCAUAAACACCCUUCUGCCUGGAGAUCUGCUGAGUGGGGAGUCCAUGUAGGAUGAUGCCACGAUACACUAACCAACCAACCAACCAACCCACCACCACCACCAUCAGUGGAGGGUGGGGUGGGCAAAAAAAUAACAAAACAUACAAAAAAAAUUUUCAAUAUGAACAGGAGCAAAACCCAAGCAAAUCAUGUGGUGAUAAUCAGUAUCAAUUUGAACCUUUUUGAACUGUGAAUUGUGAUUCAGAAGGAGGGGGUCCCCACCACACAGACUGCAGACUCCAGUCCUUCUGUUUUACUUUUGUAGUUUUUAUUUUGGUUUGGUUUACCUUUUUUGGGGAAAAAAAAGCACGUUUUUUUUUUUUUUUUUCCUUUUGGUAUUUUUGAAAUGCAUCAUAUAAAACAAACUGAAAUGAGACACAACACAAAGAAACCUUUUAAGUGUUUUUAGUUUUUCCAUAAGUAUACAUGACAUUCUGUGUGAAGUGUUUUUAGGAGAAGCAAUCAAAGCUGCCAUCUGAGACUUUCCUUUUCCCUCCAAAAAAAGAAAAAUAUCAUCCCAAAAUAAGACUUAAAACGACCAUUCCCAGCAUGUCCAUGGCCAAUGAUGUGGUUUAAAGACCUUUACUAGUUAUGUUAACAUUUGUUUCUCAGCACUAAUAUUAGCCUUAAGUGCUCUCUGGCCCAGGUCCUUCCCAAGCCGCCUUUUUUAGUUUGUUUUGUAACUGAAGAAAUAGCUGAAAUCUUGCACAGUUUCACCUCUGAGCCAGCAAGUGGUACAGGACACGACUGGUGACCAACUCUGUCACUGGCAGUAAGAAGGCCUGGCCACGUGACUGGCCCUACCAAUCAUCAGCUUAAUUAUUUUGUCUUCUCAAAGGGAUUGACUCAGCUAUUAAAUGUUUUUUUUUUUUUUUUUUUUUUUUGUAGGUUUAGAUCCGAGCGCAUUUUUGAUAUCUAUCACAACAUAUAAGCUGAGAGAAGAUUAUUUGUGAACCUCGUUGCGUGUUUCCGUUUCCAUACAUGACUAUGUAUGUCCGGUGGCACCUAAUCAUUGACGUCUGCAAGCCCAGAUCCUUCUGGUCACCUUCAACUUGGAACCCAGUCGCUUACUGGUGCUUUGUUGAAUUUUAUAUUGUCCAAUUUGUUAUGAAGCCCAGUGGUCUCUAUGGUCAGCCAGUUUUUGGGUGGGUGGGUGGGGGGGUGGGGAAUACAAUUUCACCUUGAUGAGACAGUUCAUUGUGCAAUAUACACCAUAGACCUUUCUUCCGUCCAUACUCGAUGUCCACCGGAGCUGGUUUCUCUUUUGUUUUUUGUUUUUCUUUUCUCUCUUUUUUGAUUGUUGCUGAUUGCAGCAAAAGACUUUGGAACUUCAAAAAACUUACCCCCUUUUCAAAACUUGGAUUCCCUCCAGGCCGCCAGUCCCCCUGAAACUGUUGGGAAAACUCUGCGAAGAGGAAGAAGCAGCUGUGCAUGCAGCAAACUGUACUAAGAGUGAAACUGGGUACACAACAAUGCACACUUCCUCUCUGCGUGCCACAGCCACACCCAACAGAGACUGAAUCCACAGCGGGAUCGGAUGGUUCUGGGUAUCUGGCACAAUACCAAAUAAGAGGGGUUUCUCCUAAUGCAGUAGACCUACGAGUGUUCCUUGCGUUUGGUACUGUACAAACAGAAGAGACUAAGACUUUUAUAAAUUCAAAGGGUUUUAUCAUAGCACUUAUGAAGAGCAAAUCGCUUCAACUGCAAUCCAAUAAAUCAAAAAAGGAGCAGCAAAAACAUUGAAAACAACAAAAAAAAUCCUGCUCUUUUAUGUACUGUAUCUAUUACUUGGAAAUGUGUCUGGCGUUGUUCCUCUGAUAGCAGGAUGAAGGGAAACAAAACUGAAAUGUACCAUUGGACUUUGGGGAAAAAACUGCAGUCUAUGAUUUUUUUUUCUUCUUUGAACUUUAUCAAAGUGAAUAUCACUGUUACUCCAAAUGUUUAGCCUUGUUCUGUUUGGAGGCACUCGACUUGCAACGUCAGCUGUCUCUGACACCUGCUGGCCAGUGAGCCAGUCAGCCAGCCAGUCAGUCAGUCAGUGAGUCAGUGAGUGAGUCAGAGUGGGGUGGGGAGGGCGAGUGUCCACUGAGUGCCUCUCUGUUGUGGUCCUCUGGGUGUCAAGCGGAAGCGCCAUUUCCUCCUGGGCUUCACUUGACCCUCCCUCAGUCUGGUAAGAAAGCGGCUCCUCCAAGACUGGCCAAUCACGGUUCUCUGCCACACACGGCAUCUCCAAUGGGGGCCUGCCACCACUCGACCCUACUGUCGUCCUGCCCUCUCCCCCAUCUCUCAGUUCUUUGACACAAAGAUCACUUUAGCUGGAAGAUGUAAUAGUCAUAUUUCUGGAUUUUUUGCCAGUGUACUUUUUUUUUUUUUUUUUUUUUUUUUGAAAGAUCAUUUGACUUUAUUUUUUUCCAGUGUGUUCUAUUGUUAAUUUUUGUCUAAAUGCAGUGGUCUACAAAAUACUGGCUGCUGAACUAGCCCUUCACUGUUCAUAUGCAGAAACACUUUGGUCAGAGGUGCCUCUGUAUGUUCAUCCUGUGUAUUGAAUGCAAAACGAGGAUCAAUACUACAGACCGUUAUUGAUUGUCUAUUUGUUUUUAACUGAUCAUGCUUUUGUGUUUGACAGUAUUCUGUAGUACUUCCAGGUAGUAUCUUGAGAUGUGUAAAAAAUAGGGUGUGGGUGUUUGUCGCUCCAAGCUGCUCCGCCUGCCCGCAGGCUGUCCCCCCUUGCCCUUUGCCUAGCUGCUACGCUAUAACCUCCUCUCCUCCUCCACCUCAACCAGACCCAGUAGCCCUCCCCUGACCAGGCACCAACAGGCCCUCGUAUCUGUUUCUAUGCAAAAGACUAGAGGCUGGGGCCCUUUACAGCACGCCAAACCUGACUUGGGAAUGAGCACUCCUCCCAGAGCUUGGCAAACCCUAACACUUCUCCCCCGCGCACUCCUGUCAGCACUUCAGAAUGGCCACUGUCUCUGUAAAGUCAGGCUAAGCCACCAGAACACUGUCAUAUACUAAAGUCCGAACACUUUAUCAAAGGUCGGCCUUUCUCUCUGCGCUGAAGACACUUCUGUCCAGCUUGAUCUCAGGGUAGGGGAGUUGAUGAUACCAAGUAUAAGAUGCAGCUCUCCGUAUCUGUCCUUUUUACUGUGAGAGUGAAGUCUUAAAUUAAAAGGCCAUCUGCGCAACAAUAUGUACAGACCUCAUGCCUCGAACUUAAUCCUAAUUGGAAAGGAAAAGGCUUGUAUUCAAUCCUUUUCUUAAAAGGCCUAUAGUUACUGCUUGGGGGCCUAUUAUUGCAUGUAAAAGAUGCCAACGUAAUGUGCCAAUAUAAAUUUGCUGUGUCAUACUGUGUCUUUGUAGACAGCACUUCUGUUCCCUGUUUGGAGGAGCUUUGAUAACCUUUGCGGAGGGUGCAGCGGGGGACAGGAGGGAUCAAACAAAUGGGCGGCAGCAUCACACCCUUAAUGACUGAGAUUUUUUUUUUAAUGCUUUUGUGGGGAAUGCCCCAUGCUAAGGAGAAAAUCUACUCAGUUGGGGGUUCCAGUUUGCUACAGUGCACAGUUGCUGAUGGGUAAUCCCGGGUACAUAUUUUUUUAAAACCAAAAAUGAAAUCGCAUUUUAACGUCAUUUUUAUGAAGUUUGACAUAAAAAUCUUAAAAAUGCUAAAAAAUCUAAAUGAAAAAAAAAAGAUCUAUAAUAUGUUAAAGCUCUGCACUUCUAGCUGAAACGUCUCCGGUCAGCAGCCUCUACUACCACCAUCUAAAGGAGUAGACUGGUGGCCGGGGUGCCUUUUUGUGGAUGCUGUAUUUAUCUCGUUUUUAUGUUUGUGUCCUGCUCAAAGCAGGCCCACUGAACUGUACAUUUCCACAGACCCAGAUGGCUUGGGCCCACUGUAUCAGCCUCACUCCCCUCACUCUGCAUCAGCAAGAGGGGAGGGGUGCAUUUCAAGAGGUACAAAGUCUUAAAAACAUUUGAAAAAAAAAAAAUUUAAAAAAAAAGUUUAAAAAUUAAAAAAAAUAAAUAAACAAGAAAACGGGAAAAGGCUACCUUUCAGGACUUGCAGUCCUGCAGCACACAAGCAAAAAUCACUAUUGCCUGUUUCUGUAACUGCCUUGAUCCAAGCUCAGACAGACCCAAUAGCCGAGGACCUCCCAGCAUCCUGUACUAACUGGAGAACCCUGACAGUGAAGGGGGUUUCCCAUGCUGCACCAGCAUCGAGAGGCUCUCCUCUCUACAGCUCUGUUCUAGAUAACAGUAUAUACUGUAUGUAUACACUACAUAUAUAUAUAUACUGCAAGUACGGUGUGUGGUAUCACCUCUUCAGACUUCUUGGAUCGUAACCUCUGAAACUUUUCAUUUUUUGUUUGAUAGGUCUUGGUUUCAUACAACUGAAAAUGAGCAAUAUGUAUUUUCCCCGCAAAUAAGUGAUACGAAGGAAAGAAUUCGGGUCGGGUAUAAACUGAUACUUGAUUGAUUGAAAGCUGCGUCUUUCUUCUAUGGAGUUUGGAUAUGCACGUUCUGGUUUUGAUGACAUAAUACAGUACUUUGAAGUGCUUGUACUGUAUAUAUGUGUAUUUGUUUGUUAAUUAGCCUGUCUAAAAGCCCAACCUGAAUCAUCUGGUGUAAUGCAUAUUUUACCCAGUUGAUAAAAAAUCACAAACAUAUCAAAACAAAACAAAAUAUUGAACACAAAUACUUGAAUCAUGGAGCGCCAAUAACGUAAUGUGAAGUCAGUAAUUCUUGUUCUUGUUCUCUCCAUCUGACAGGUACACUUAGGGGCUUUUAGAGAAUAUCAAAAAUUUAUUGCAUUAAGUUACAAAUACAAAAUCUCUGAAAAAAAAAUGCAAAAGUCAUCUUAGAUGUGUGCUUGAAAGUCAGAUGUUUGUAUGAAUGUGUGCGCAAGAAACUGUGUGUGUACAGGGCACAUGGCCUGCUGUUAUGUUCCACUCAGUAUGUUAUAUUUUGUGUUUUUAUCUUUUAUUUGUUGUUGUUUGUUCUAUCAAAAACUAUUCUGAUAGACAUUGUUAUUAUCUUCUAACGUUGCACUGAGUGUCUUCUACCCCUCACUCAGCUAAUCGUAGAUAAACGAGUCUAAGUACGGAGGGGAGAUGGUGACAAUUCAUGUGUACAUGUUUACUCAAGGACUUAAUGGAUUUUUUUUCAUUCUAUCUGUAAAAAGUUAUCUACCUUAUAGUGGCUUUUAUUGUGGAAUAAUCCAAUACAAGGAUUAUCAUUGAGUAUUGCACCAUUUUGUUCCAAUUAUACAAAAAAAUCAAGAAAAAAAGUAAAAAAAGUUUAAAAAAAGUAAAAAAAAAAAAAUAUAUACAAAGUUAAAAAAAGAAAAAACAAAGAACUGUGGCCAUAGAUAGCUGUAGAAGGACUAGUAAUCCCUAUGUUAACUUCAUGUGGAAAUGGAAAGGGAUAAAGUGUGGGAGGUGAGUUUGUUACAAGACUCAUUUCAGAGGUGCCUAUCUUUUCUGUUCUUGUUUUGCAAAAGCCACUUGUCGUUUACAAGCAUUUCAUUUGUCUGAAAUUUAAGGAAAUAGGAAUUUAUAACAGGAAUGUUGUAAAGAAAAAAGAAAAGAAAAAAGAAAAAAAGAAAUUUCAUCAACAUUCAUUUCCAUCAAAUAUGGACAUGAAAAUCUUGCAAAAUGAAGAUUUAUGCUACUUUCAGAACUCUGGGAUUGAUCAGUGUUGUGUCAUACUUCAAGUUUUAAUUUCUCUUUCAGUGUGGACAGACUAUCUCUGUAUGUAUUGAGUUGUGAUUUUAUGUUUUCUGUAAACGACGCAGUUUGCUCACUAUCUUGCACACUCAUAAAAGAUGUGGAUUUUGUCUCAGGAAGGCCAGGGUUCCAGAUACCAACUCCAUCAUUUAUAGAUUUAAUGUUUGUGUGAAAAAAAGGAACUGAAAACAAUUAAACUCCGAGAAAGCACUGAAGGUUAUGAGUUUAACAGAAUAUAGAGUACCAUUGUUUCUUUAAAACAACAAAAAAAAAAUGUUUGUAGCAAGUUACAUAUUUACCAAAUAAGACUGAGAAUCAACUUUGAAAAAAGUGGAGUGCUUUACAUGUGAAAUCUAAGUAGAAAUUGCUUUACAUUUAAACAAUGAUCAAUGGUAUGAUUGUCAAAAAGACAGAAAAUACAUUUGUAUGUUUUGACUGUACGUUUAAGUUUCCAUCCUGUAGUUCAGGAGUAUCGUGCAAGAAUUUUUUUUUUUCUUUAUUUUUAAUCAUCUCUCCUGUCUGUUAACAUGUCUGUUCCUGUGACAGGUAUUCAAUAGUUGAGAGAUGUCUUCAUGUAACAGAUGGUUUUCAGAGGCAGGUUGAAGUGGAGGAAUAAAGCUGGUUUUUAAAGGAUCAUGAUCUAUGCACAAGCGGGAGGGAAGAGUCCAAACCCUGCAGCUGUACUGCAGGCGUUUGUCGACUCAGACUCUGGGGUUCAGGGUUUGAUGUAGGGUUGUUCUUGUUUUGUCUCUUGCUCAAAUUUCCUCCACUCUAUUUUCUCCCCCACCUCCUUAUUGUCAUCAUCAUCUAAUGUUUUAGCAAAACUUUACAUUGCGUCAUCAUGCUGUGUAAUCCUUAACCAAUGAGCGCUUAUCCUUCUGCUAAAGCACUGUGGGUUGUACUGAAAAAAAAAAAGCCCAUGACUUUUAAGGCUGUCUGUUUUUUAAGGGGAGGGUGGGGGAAUCGGGGUACUUUGCCUUUGCCUUUCUCUUUACUUUGAAAAAAAAAAACAUUAAGGAAAAAUGUCUGUAACUGAAAUACAAAGUUGUGGCUUUUAAUGUUGUUCUUUUUUCUCCUCAUAGAAUGUGAUUGUUAAGGACAUGCACCGGAAAAAAAUGUUUCCAUGAAUUAUGGAGCUUCUUUCGGACUAUAUUAAUAAAUUACAAAUUUUCUUGGCUGUUA